UUUAGCUUUUGUCCUUUUGAUACGAGUUAUGACUUAUGAUUAUGAACAUCGCUUAUUUAUGCUGCUGAUUCACGCAAUUUGCAAAACAUUCUCUCCCCAGCAUCAAAUGCUUGUACAAAAAUGGUUGCUAAAGGAUCUAAAAUCUCUUCUGUUGAACUGCAGAAACAGUGCAUCCAUCUCCAAACUCCACGCAUUGAUGAUUACAUCUGGGAUAUCCAACAAAGGAGCGCAGCUAAUAGCAUCAUACGCUCGAACUGGCGACAUCGACAUGGCCUACAAACUGUUCGACAAUAUGCCGAAGAAAGGCAUCGAUUCUUGGAACGCCCUCAUCAUCGCCUAUUCCCGCCGGGAAACCCCGGCUGAAGCCAUAAACCUCUACAGAAAAAUGAAGAACUCGGCUGGAGUCAAUCCGGAUAGCUCGACUUUCACGGUGGCCAUCAAGGCCUGCACCACCUUGCUCGACUUGAAAUCGGGCGGAGAGAUUUGGAGAGACGCGGUUGAAUGUGGGUACGGGGGCGAUGUCUUUGUGGGCUCGUCCGUGUUGAAUUUGUUCGUCAGGUGCGGAAGAAUGGACGAGGCGAUGAGCGUGUUUGAUGGCAUGAGGAGAAAGGAUGUUGUGUCGUGGAGCACGAUGAUCACGGGGUUGGUGAAGAGCGGGAGGCCCGGGGAGGCGGUGGAUGUGUACCGUAGGAUGCGGGAGGAAGGGCUCGAGGGCGAUGGGGUCGUGAUGCUGGCCUUGAUGCAAGCUUGCGCGAGCGUCGAGGAUGCGAAAAUGGCCGCCUCUGUGCAUGGAUUCAUCAUAAGGAGAGGCUUGAAAGUCAAUGAUGUUAUGGUGCAGACCAGCCUUAUAGAUAUGUAUGCCAAGAAUGGGAAAUUAGGCACAGCUUCUUGCAUUUUUAGGAGGAUGAGAAGCAGAAAUGUUGUUUCUUGGAGUGCUUUGAUUUCGGGGCUUGCAAGAAACGGAGACGCUGGAGCUGCGCUAGAGCUGCUCGUCGAGAUGCAGAGCUGGGGGUUUGAGCCUGAUUCGGUCUCACUCGUUGGCGCGCUCCUGGCAUGCUCUCACCUUGGUUUCUCGAGGCUAGGUAGGGAGGUACAUGGAUUCAUUGUCCGAACAGGGCUUGAGCUGGAUCAAGUUUUGGGAACUGCGUUGAUUGAUAUGUAUGCCAAAUGCGGAUCACUGCCCUGCGCCCGGGCGCUCUUCGAGAGGAUGAGCUCUUGGGAUGAGAUCCUCUGGAACACAAUGAUCGCGGGCUAUGGGAUCCACGGACGAGGGGAGGAGGCGCUCGAGGUCUUCCAUCGGAUGAUCCAGACGGAUGCAAGACCAGAUCAUGUGACAUUUGCUUCUCUUCUCUCUGCAAUGAGCCACUCCGGGCUAGUCGAGGAAGGGAAGCAAUGGUUCAAUGCCAUGAUCAAGGAUUACAAGAUCCAACCUAUGGAGAAACAUUAUGUGAGCUUGGUUGAUGUUCUAGCUCGAGGGGGACGCGUUGAGGAGGCUCGGAGCUUGAUCUUAGACAUGGGAUGUGAACCCGGGAUCGCUGUUUGGGUCGCCCUCCUCUCCGGAUGCCUCAACCAUAGCAAGUUCUUGAUAGGGGAAUUUGCAGCAAAGAAGGUUAUAGAAUUAAAACCGGAUUGUCCGGGGAUUUACACCCUUGUUUCCAACUUCUUUGCUGCAGCAAGGAAGUGGGAGGAAGUUGCUAUGGUGAGGAGAGUGAUGAGAAGUGCAGGGAUGAAGAAGGUCCCCGGUUACAGCGUGGCCGAAGUUUCCGGAAGGCUCCAUGCUUUUGUUGUUGAGGAUAAGGGUCACCCUGAGUAUGAGCAGAUACUGGAGAUUAUGGAGGAGAUGGAGCUGAAGAUGAGGGCUUUAGGGUAUCGACCGAAGACUGAGUUCGUGCUGCACGACAUCGAGGAAGAGGAAGUGAAGGUGAAAAUGCUGAGGAAUCACAGCGAAAGGCUUGCUAUUGCCUUUGGGAUCUUGAAAACCAGACCGGGUACGAGGCUGCUGGUUACCAAGAAUUUGAGAGUUUGUGGAGACUGCCAUGAAGCGAUCAAGUUCAUGUCGAUUGUUUCAGAGAGAGAGAUUGUUGUGAGGGAUGUUAAGAGGUUUCAUCACUUCAAGAAUGGGAGCUGUUCUUGCAGCGACUACUGGUAGAGAUGAAGAACAAGAAGAAGAUAUUUGUGUAUGCUUGCAUAUGUUUGGCCUAAUUGUAUAGUAGUUAAUGUCUGAGAUAUUUAAUCUCAAGUUCGAGUCCACCAUCACACAGUCUUAAAGUAUUUGUUUCUCCUACAACAGAUAAGGAGAAAAUAAUGAAUUUUGCUGCAGUUAAAGUAUUUUGACUGUUUGAAACGUGAGCGAAUCAAUGGUGUUUGUUUGUGUAUGUUUAUGCUU